UGCUGCAGCAGCCCCGGGUCUGUUCAGCAGUGUCUCCCCUGGGGACUGUGGUGCCCCACAAGCCAGCUGGGGCACACAGGGCGGGAGCCCAGCGCAGUGGCACGGCCCGGGGCUCUGCCAGUACAGAGGUGCUGCGGCACAGGGCGGGCACAGGGCGGCCACUGGCCCUUCCCACCCGGCUGCUGAGGCUUCCCCGGCUGGUCCGGAGAUCUUGAGCAGUGAGAGUGCCAACUUCCUCGAUUAUGCAAGAGGAGGAGCCUGGCAGGUCCCCCUAUUCCAGCUGUGCCAGGCGUCCUGACCCACCUCUCCACCUCUCUCUCCCUCCUGUGCGUGCAGGCAAGGGCCAGGCCGCUGCCACCCAAGAGCAGCCAGUGCCCCCGCGCCAUGCCCGAGGCUCCCACCUGCGGCCUCGGCGUUGCUCCUGCAGCUCCUGGCUCGACAAGGAGUGCGUCUACUUCUGCCACCUGGACAUCAUCUGGGUGAACACUCCCGGACAGACAGUUCCUUAUGGCCUGGGAAACCCGCCAAAACGCCGGCGCCGCUCUCUGCCAGGGCGCUGUGAAUGCUCCAGUGCCAGGGACCCUGCCUGUGCCACCUUCUGCCAUCGAAGGCCCUGGCCUGAAACCGUGGCAAACCCAGGUGUCGGGUCCCCUGCAGACGUGUCCCAGGCUGGCAAGACAUGGACCACGGCAGGAGAGCUCCUCCAGCGGCUGAGGGACAUUUCUUCUGACAAGAUCCGCUUUGCUCGGCGACAGCAGGAGGCAAGGAGGGAGACCAGGCCUGCACACUCCAGGCGGCAGAAGAGAUAGUGCUGGGAGCUGGAGAGACUCUGGGAAGGAAGCCUGUGUGGAGAGGGGAGAAGAAGGGCAGCCCAGGGCAGGAGACUCCACCUGCUUCCUGGACCAGGAAGCCCACCUGCUGGAUUGGCACAAGCUGUGGCCUCCUCGCCCUAGUGAGGGAGCCCCCUCAAGGCAGCUCCGAGCCCUCACACUGCCCAGCAAAGCCUUCAGCUCCCAGGCUGCAGCGCAGCCUACCCCUCUGGCUCUGGUCCCACAUCCCUGCUGAAAAGAACUGGCCUGGAGGCCAUGUCCUGAGAGGUGUCCUGUCUGCUGGCUACACACCAGGAGCGACGCACAGUGAUGGACGCUCACACCUAAGCCAGCCCAAUGGCUGGUGUCCUCCCCUCCACCCCCGCCUUCAUCUGUCCCCUCCAGCUCUCCCUCCCGGGGUCCUGUACCUUCAGACCCUCGGGACACUCCUGGUGAGAAGGGCCUGUUCUGCUUCACCUGUCUGUAUAUAACUUAUUUGCUCUAAGAACUUGGAGAAUUCCAAUUAUUUAUUGUAAUGUAUUUUUUUAGACUUUCAAUUAUUUGCCUAUAAACUUGUGUUUGUAAUAAAAAGUGAAAUGUACUGGUA